AUGCUUCCAUGGGGCGGGGUGGGCUGCUGCUUGAGUGCAGCUGCUCUUUACCUCUUGGGUAGGAGCAGUGGCAGGUGGGUUUGGUGUGGCCUACGUGUCUUCGUUAGCUAAUUCUUCAAAGUUGUAGAAAGAUUGCUGAAUGAUUGCAACUGCGGUUCCGUUUCCAGGGAUGCUGAAGCUCUCCGCUCUGUCGUGAAGGUUAAUCAGCUGAAGGAUUUGGGUGAGUAGGUUCUUUCUUUUCAUUCGUUGCUGUUUUUUCAUAAUGGUAGUUUUCAAUUUGAGGAAGCGCUGAUUGCAGUUCGCUGAUGACCGAUAGAAGGGGAAAGAGAGGAGAGAACAGACGAAUAUAUGUACUUUGCUUAACCGUUGCUGUUGUAAUUCCAACCUUAUUUAGUUUUUUUUCGGCUUUAGCUAGGUUCUGAGACAAUGGGGAGGUGUUUCAACCCAUAGCCUUGUAGUGAUCAUGUGCAGCCGUUUCUAAAUUCAUUGUUGAUUCUUUCUGCAUCAUACGUUGUAGAAUGGAUUGACCAACCUAUUUCGUGACUUUUGAUCAAUGGGAGACGUGGGUUAUUUCAACCCACAGCCUUAGAGUGAUAGUUUGCAGCCGUUUCUAAAUCUGCUGUUGAUUAUUUCUGCAGCAUAUGUUGUAGAAUGGAUUCGUGACACUAUUUUGUGAAUUUUAAUCAGUGGAAGACGUGGGUUCAAUUUGUCAGUUACACCUAGGAGGAGAUUCCUCGUUCAACUCUUUGCAAAGCUUCCAAACAGCCAAAGACCGAAAAAAUGCAGAAAUAGGAGUGAUUUGAACAAAAAAUUAUCCUUUUUGAUAUUCUCAUAUGCUCUGGCUAUGCUAAUCUGUAUGCUUUCUGUCAUCAUUAUACACGCGCUAUUGUCAGUCUUUGGGUGUACUAAAGUUUCCUUUUUUUUUUCAACUAUCAAAGGUCAAUCCUCCAAAAUCCGAAGGGUAUAAUCCAUCCAUGGUGCUAUUUUGUGGGUGAAAUUAAUUUCUGGCAUUAUUUCUGAUGUCUGAUGGUGUAUUCAGUCUAUUCUGCACAUGCUGUUUUUAGUGUUUUUUUCGAUGUUUACAUUUUUCUUGGUGUCUUGCGAUCAGGUUGAAGAGAAAAAAAACAUGCCAAUCAAGAGAAUAUACCUGAAAAGAAAUUAGGAGUUAUAUCGCAUUAGUUUAUGACUGUUGCUGUGUAUUAAUUAUGCAUUGCGUGUAGGUACCUCAGACCUUAGCAUGCUAAUUCUCCUAACACGAGCGUUUGGUGAUGCUGUGACAUGAAUUUGUUUAUUUGCGUGAAAGCCAACUUUAACCUGGAGAGGAAUUAUUAUGCCCUUUUGAAGCAGUUUUAUGGGAACUAUUUUAUCUGUGGUUUAGGUUAAAUUUAUGACUGGGGAGUGGAUAUGAAAGCUUGAAGUUGGAAUGAAGUAACAGAAAAUGAAAAAAAAGGGAGAAAUAAACUCCCAUGAAAUGCAACGCAUAACUUUCGAUGAGCCUUUCCAUGGGAGAAUAUAUUUUAUAUUUCAUUGCUUUUUGUGAAUUACAUGGGUUAUUGUGCAUUUGUUAUCUAUAAGAACCUCACUUCUCCACAAACCAAACAUAGUUCUGAUAUCAUUUUUUCCGAAUAUUGUAGGCAUGUUUGUCCAGAUAACUUAUGUAGGGAUUUUUAGAUUGGUCCUUUUAUUUAGCAUUCAAGUUGUAGGCUUUGGUACAAAUGAUUUAUCUUGAGAACUGAUGUCUGGAUUCAUCAGUUAAAUUGGGUUGAAUCCAGACAUCAGUUAUCUGGACAAACAUGCCUACAUUGAAUCUAGACAUCAGUUAAAUUGGGUUGAAUCCAAUUUUUUCAAAGCAUUUGAGAUUACCCCUUUUCAUUCAAGAAUUACCUCUUUUGUAAGAGUGGAGAAUACUAAUUUACCCGUGAAUUCAUGCAUUGAUCGCCAUGCAUUGAUUCUGAGGGUACUUUUAUGCUGCUCAAGUUGUUAGGUGUACAUGGAUCUGACCUAGCAUUGGGUCACAUCUUUAGAUUCAAUAGGUCAACCUGAUUACCUGGAACACUAUCCACAUAGGGCACUUGCUCUGAUACUUUUUCUUCCUUAGGCUGUUUUCUACUUAAAAUAGUGCUAUAACUCCUCAUCUUGUUUGGGGUUUUUUGCGUUCUUUUUGUAUCAUUGAAAAUGCAAAUAAAAAUUAUUCUGAGUUCUUCCUGUUGUCACCUUCAGCACAGCUGCUUGAUACUGCAUGCAAAGUGUUACCGCUUGUUGUCACCAUUUCUGGACGUGUUGGUUCAGAGACGGCCAUCAAAUGUGAACGUAGUGGACUAAGAGGUGUAAUAGUUGAGGAGACGGUAUGUGGCUUCUCUUUACAGGAUUGGCUAACUCGGAAAUUUGAUUUUAUCAAAUCAGUUUCAUUUUCUUGAUGUAUGUCCUUACAAUUCAGGCAGAACAACAUUUUUUAAAGCAUAAUGACGCUGGAUCAUGGAUACAAGACUCUGCAUUAAUGUUAUCCAUGAGUAAAGAAGUCCCUUGGUAUUUGGUGAGUAAUAACUUACUCUGUUCUGGUUUUUGUUGGGUAAGCUUAGGAUUUUGCUCUUUACCAAUUUUGACUCGUGUGGGACGAAAAUAAACAUAGAUACAAAUUAUAAGUUUUUGAGUUACUAUGAGCUCUUGCAUAUCUAAAAAGAUGAGUUACAAAUUCUUGUCGUUAGUGAACAAAACUAGGGUUGAAAUGGAACAACCCAUGUGAGUAUCAGUUCUUUAGAAGGCAGAAUUGAAGAUGGAAGCAAAAGGGAUUUGUGGGCGAUUUUAUCACUGCGGUUGGUUUUGUGUUAUAGUCCCAACUCUAAGCCUUUUUAACAAAGGAUUCACGAUUUGUAGGCAGCGGUCCACUCUUUCUGUUGUUAAUAUUGAGGGAAUGGACGAUUAGAUUGGCCAAGUUGUGAAGUUUGUUGGAAUGAGUUUCUAUCUUUACUACUAAAGAUUUCUAACUUGAUUGUCCUCUCUGAUAUGCUUCAUGCAGAGACUGUGUACUUGUAGGGUGAGCUUUGUAAAGAUGUUUUGUUAACUGUACUUCUCACAUACUUUUGUAUCGGAUUAUCAGGAUGAUGGUACAGGUCGAGUUUAUGUUGUUGGCGCUCGGGCUGCCACAGGUUUGGUGUUGACAAUAGCAAGCGAAAUUUUUGAAGAAUCAGGAAGGUCCUUAGUGCGUGGGACUUUGGACUAUCUCCAAGGGCUCAAGGUUUGGCCUUCAAUUUGGAAAUCAAUUUUUUGCCGCAAAUCGUACACUUUUCUUUUGCUGAUAAAGUUUUCUGGCAGAUGCUUGGCGUCAAAAGAGUUGAAAGGGUUCUCCCCACGGGCACUUCUUUGACUGUUGUUGGUGAGGUAAUACAGUGGAUCUAUUCGAAUCCUGCAUACCUUAUCUUCUUUGCAUCUAUGAAGGGUUUGCGGUCUUCACUAGUUUUUAUUUCAGUAAGUCAAUAUUGAGAUGUUGAUCAUUUGAACUGAUAUUUCAUGUGUCCCUGGGACAAAUAUUGUUGUGAGUUGGUUUCACAUUGAAAGUUAGUGGCCAAUAUUCUUGAUCUGCUGUUUUGUGUCAAUAUUUUUAUCUAAUGAAAUGUUAACUUCCAAUGGCUAGUUUUUGAGAUUGUUUUCUAAUUUCUAUAGGCCGUCAAAGAUGAUAUUGGAACUAUCCGGAUUCAGCAACCUCAUAAGGGGCCUUUUUAUGUAUCUCCAAAGAAUAUUGAUCAGCUUAUUGCAAAUCUUGGGAAAUGGGCAAGGUAGUUAAUAUAUUAUUGAUCAAUCUUUUCUUCUUGGUGAUUUGAUUACAAUGAUAUUUGGUGCUCCAGGUGGUAUCAAUACGCUUCCCUAGGGUUCACGGUCUUUGGCGUUUAUCUUCUGGCAAAGCAUGCAGUUCAAUACAUUCUUGAAAGAAGACGUCGCUGGGAUUUGCAUAAGAGGUAAGUCAUAUGCCAUGUCACCUAUGACUGGUAAAUGAAGUAAAAUGAAUGAGUGCGACUUAUGUAAAAAUGUGUGGGGCUGAAUCGGGAGCAUACUUUCUGUGUGCCCUUUAGUGAUUUUUCCUCAUUCUAGUUUUUCACUUGUAAAGUUUUCGGAUAUAAUUUGUGAAAGAACUUUUCCAAUUUGUUGAGAAUAUUCGGAUAUAAUUUUUUCUUGAUGCUUACUUGUGGUAUUUGUUGAAAGUUGGUAUGUCCUGUCAGUUGCUUUAUGUAUACUUUAUUUAAACGAACACCAAACAAAAACUUAGUCUCUUCUGUUGUUAGUUUCUUCCGGAACCCAUGAUUUAUCAUGCAUUUAAAGUACCAAACUGCCAUUCAAAUUUGUGUGAUUAUGAUCUUGUGCUCCCUUAAAGCAUUAUAUAUUCACAAAAUAUUUGGCCAAAAGGACCGAAAAUGGGAAUAAAUCACUUUCAAAAACUCUUCUUUACUGGCUUCAAGUAUUUUCUAUUAUUUUCUGCCUAUUUCUUUGUUCCCUCUUUCUUUUUUGUGUCAACUGUCCCCCCUUUUCACUUGGUUUAGAAUAAAAACACAAACUUUGUUGCAUUACUUUUUCAGCCUAUGUACGGAAAGUGUGUCCUUGUGAUCAUAGAAAUCCAGCGCCAUUCACAUCUCUUUAAGGAUAUCGUGCUGUUUUGUUAGGAAAUUCUAAAACAACCGUGUCUGUUUUAAUCAUUUAGUAUGAUUUGUUUUUCCCAUGAUCCAUUUGGAAUACUCUCUCAGUAGGAAAGUUGGUGUUGUUUGCAAUUCGAAGUUCAUGACAAUUUUGGUUUUAAUUUUUUAUUCAGUGAAGAUAUUUUCUGCUAUUUUGGUUCUUCGAUGAAGCCAUUCUUAGUAUGUUGAUUUGAUUUUUGCAUUAUGAGAGGAGGCUAGAAAAUAUUUCAGCUUCGUGGUGAGUAGGAGCUAUGUUGAGACCUUGUCUACAGUCAUUUAGUCUGUGCUAAAAGCUCCAAAAUGCUUCUCAUGCUUAGAAUUUCUACUUUUUCUACCUUGAUAUUAUUUCCUAUGCAUGGUGCCCUUUUCCUGUUCUAAUUCGUCGUUCAGAGGUCGAUAGCAUUGAUAAAACGCGUGCUGCUUUUUCUUCGUUUGUUAAUAUCGCAAAUGUGUUCUGAUUACUCUCAGUGAACGCUCAGAGAUACUCGUGGGUUGUGUGCAUUUGGCUGUAACUUCACUGAUUCUAGGGCAUAAGACAAUGGUAGUAGGUGUCUGGUCGGACCUCCUUUGCCCUUUCAUGGCAGAUUCAGAGGAUGAUCGAAUCUAGAGAUCACCUUUAUCAUGCUGCAUAUCUGGUUGUGAUGAUCCACUCUGUGGUGCCGCAAAGUGGUCAUCAAACAGUACACUGCAAUAGUGUUACUGUAAGAUAAGAUUUGAAAAUGCCAGAGUUGAGAAGUCAAUGGAUAUGCUAUGAACUUGCACCAAGAAGAUGAUUAUUUUCUUGUCGUUCUAUUUGGGUGUUUUAUUUAGGAAAUAAAUAAGACUAUAAGCCAAAUUUCUUGUUUCAUUCAAGAGGCAAAUCUACAUCAGUGGAUUUCUUAACUCGUUUCUGCUUUAAUGCAACUUGACAUAGCAUUCUGCAUUCAGGGUUCUUGCUGCUGCUGCUGCUAAACGCAGGGAGCAGGAUAAUGAAGGUGAAUCACUCGCAAAGAUCUGAAAUUAUCGUUAUUUCGAUGUUCUCCUCUUCUCUUUUCCUUCUGCUCAUGACUUGAAAUCUUACUGAUUCUGCAGAAUCUCAUGGAAAGUCUGAGAAGGGACCUGAAAAUUCUGGAAGCCAUGUGAUGCCAGAUCUCUGUGUCAUCUGUCUGGAGCAAGAGUACAAUGCUGUUUUUGUUCCGUAAGCUCCCAUGACCUAUUUCCUCUACUUUUCUUGCAUGCUGUCGAUUGCUAUGGCUGUAGCAAAGGAAUGGAAGCUCCAUAGAUACCACAGUAGCAAUAAAAUGGUGAAAUCACAGGGAAAUUGGCAUAUUUGCUCUUUUUUCUUGGCAUCAUGUGCUCCAUUCUCCAUUUCUCUUCUUCAAUGUCACAAAAAGUUGAGCUCUGGUUCGUUGCAUUUGAUGCCCACAAGCAUAUAAGAAUUACAGUUUUUUGAUAUUCUAUUUAGUUGUACCCUACUAUCAAACUGAUAAUUAUUUCUUGGGUCACAAUGAACCUGACCUGUCAAUAUGAGCAUUUUAUUAGUCCUGGGAUUAAUUUAAAAGGUUAAUUGUUUCUUCUUUUUUUCCAAUAAUUCCCCUUAGUUAAGACGAAUACAUCAUUUAAUCAGAUUCCAUGUUGGGAUCGGCCUCAUUCUUGUCCGUAGAAAUUCGUAGAGAACAGGUGGAGAGACUCAUAAACUGUAUAGAAUGGCGCAGCUUCAAUGUCUCUAAUCCCCCGACCUGUCCUCUCCAGGUGCGGCCACAUGUGCUGCUGCACGCAGUGCUCGUCCCAUCUGCACACCUGCCCGCUCUGCCGUCGGCGGAUCGAGCAGGUGGUGAGGACCUUCCGCCACUGA